GAUGCCUUCUUCAUCGUCUAUUGAUAGUUAUAAUGCUGGUAUUGAUCGUCUUUAUACGUGUAUUAUGUCUACACAAUAUUCACCUGAUGGAAAAUAUUUAGUCGCUGGUGAUGAUCAAGGACGUCUUGGUAUAUUUAAUACAAAACAAUUAACAUCAUCAUCACUACAAUCAAAUUUACCAUUAUCAUUAACACAACCUCAUCCAUCAUUUUCAUCUAUAUCGUUAACAUCUACUCAAGAUUUAUUGAUUUCUGUUGGUGGUUGUUUAAUACAAGGUUAUAAAUGGUCAUCAAAUGAUUUACCAUCAUCUACUUCGUUUUCAAUCGAUUUAAAUCGUUCACAUUAUAUGGCAUCAUUACCCUCUAUUACUUCAGGAGAUUAUCUUAUUUCUUGUCAAGCAAAUAAACAGAAACAAGCUGAAUUAGUUGUUGGAAGUUCAGAUGGAGCAUUAAGACUGUUUAAUAUUGAACGUAAUACAAUGAUUCAAUCAUUGAAUAAUGCUCAUCAAUCAUCAAUCUAUCAAUUAUCAUAUUCAUCGGAUUGUAAACGUCUUGCAUCAUGUUCCGAAGAUGGUACAUGUAAAAUAUGGGAUUUAUCUCAAUCAGAAAAACAACCUAUUUAUACAAUUGAACCUGAUGAACGUCCUGAAUACGGUGGAAAAUGGAUUGGUUGUGUUAAAUUUGAUCAAAAUACUGAUCGUCUAUUAUUAGGUGGUGCAUGUUCAUUAUCAAUGUAUCAUUUAGCAACAAUGAAACAAAAAUCUCAAUCAAUUC